AAAUACAGUCUUCUGGUCUUGGAAUCCGUCGCUUCUGGCUGUGGGUUGUGGUGGAGAGAACGAGAUCUGAGCUGAGCUCACUUCUCACCCACCCCAGCCCGUUAUAUGGAAGCUUCGGCUUUCUCGUCUCUUAAUCUGUAGACUGACUGUACCUUGCCGCUGUCAGGAGUUUUUUAGACGCUGUCAGGAAGGAAUGAAUGAGUUAAUACAAGAAGCCUACUGUGGCUUAGCGGGGGAACUUCUCUCACAUCAGUAUCCCUGCCUCUGUGACUCCAGUUUCGUUUUUACAGAGCACUGAAAUAUAUGGACUCUAACAUGGACUUUAUGUAAAGAAACCCACGGACUAUUAAUGGACAAAACCAUGAAUCAGUUUGUACUGUGGCACUCAAAUCCUAGCACUCUGGGAGAGGUUUUCGUGCCCCCUCUUGCACCAGACCUCUGUCCUACCUGUCCUCUGAGUGUCAUCUCAGCACCUUGGUCACCCUCAUGGCACAAUGGCCAGCCCUCAGGAGCGCCUGAGCUGCUCCUCCUCUCCACACUUACCCUUCAGUGACAACAAAACCUUCCACGGACUCCAAGAUGAGCUCACGGCUAUGGGGAACCACCCAUCACCCAAGCUCCCUGAGGACCAGCAGGAGAAGGGGGUUGUGGGAACAGAGCUCACCGAGAGCAUGAACAGCCCCGUCACCACCACUGUGUUGACCAGCAUAAGUGAAGAUUCCAGGGACCAGUUUGAGAAUAGUGUUCUUCAGCUGAGGGAACAAGAUGAAUCGGAGACGGCUGUAUCUCAGGGGAACAGCAGCACCGUAGAGGGAGAGAACACCAGUGGAACCGAAGACAUCAAGAUUCAGUUCAGCAGGUCAGGCAGCGGCAGUGGUGGGUUUCUUGAAGGACUGUUUGGAUGCUUGAGGCCAGUGUGGAAUAUCAUUGGGAAGGCUUAUUCCACUGAUUACAAAUUGCAGCAGCAAGAUACCUGGGAAGUGCCAUUUGAGGAGAUCUCAGAGCUACAGUGGCUGGGUAGUGGAGCCCAGGGAGCUGUCUUCCUGGGCAAAUUUCGAGCGGAAGAGGUGGCCAUCAAGAAAGUGAGAGAACAGAAUGAGACGGAUAUCAAGCAUUUGAGGAAGUUGAAGCACCCUAACAUCAUCGCAUUCAAGGGUGUGUGCACUCAGGCACCGUGUUACUGUAUUAUCAUGGAGUACUGUGCUCAUGGACAACUUUACGAGGUCUUGCGAGCUGGCAGGAAGAUCACACCUCGAUUGCUAGUAGACUGGUCCACAGGAAUUGCCAGUGGAAUGAAUUAUUUGCAUCUCCAUAAAAUUAUUCAUCGUGAUCUCAAAUCACCCAAUGUCUUAGUGACUCACACAGAUGCAGUGAAAAUUUCAGAUUUUGGGACAUCUAAGGAACUCAGUGAUAAGAGCACCAAGAUGUCCUUUGCAGGCACAGUUGCGUGGAUGGCCCCAGAGGUGAUACGGAAUGAGCCUGUCUCAGAAAAAGUUGACAUAUGGUCUUUUGGAGUGGUGCUGUGGGAACUCCUGACGGGAGAGAUCCCCUACAAAGAUGUAGACUCCUCAGCCAUUAUUUGGGGUGUUGGAAGCAAUAGCCUACACCUUCCAGUUCCUUCCACUUGCCCGGAUGGAUUCAAAAUCCUUAUGAAACAGACAUGGCAGAGUAAACCUCGUAACCGGCCUUCUUUCCGGCAGACUCUCAUGCACUUAGACAUUGCGUCUGCAGAUGUGCUUGCCACCCCACAAGAAACUUACUUCAAGUCCCAGGCUGAAUGGAGAGAAGAAGUGAAAAAACAUUUUGAGAAAAUCAAAAGUGAAGGAACUUGCAUCCACCGACUAGAUGAAGAACUGAUUCGAAGGCGCAGAGAAGAGCUCAGGCAUGCUUUGGAUAUUCGUGAACACUAUGAGAGAAAGCUGGAGCGGGCUAAUAAUUUAUACAUGGAGCUCAGUGCCAUCAUGCUGCAGCUAGAAAUGCGGGAGAAGGAGCUCAUUAAGCGAGAGCAAGCGGUGGAAAAAAAGUAUCCAGGGACCUGCAAGCGGCACCCUGUCCGUCCGAUAAUCCACCCCAAUGCCAUGGAGAAGCUCAUGAAAAGGAAGGGCGUGCCUCACAAAGCUGGGACGCAGACCAAGCGGCCAGACCUGUUGAGGUCUGAAGGUAUCCCUAGCACAGAGGUGGCUCCCACCGCAUCCCCUUUGUCCGGAAGUCCCAAAAUGUCCACCUCAAGUAGCAAGAGCAGGUAUCGGAGCAAACCGCGCCACCGCCGGGGGAACAGCAGAGGCAGCCACAGUGACUUUGCAGCCAUACUGAAAAACCAGCCGGCCCAGGAAACCUCACCCCAGCCCCCUUACCUGCAUCAAGCUCAACCCCAAUACCAAUACCGGCCCUCCCCGCCAGCCGCGCCUCAGAGUCACCAUCCCAGACUCGGCAUGCACGGACAGGACAUCGCCACCUGCGCCAACAACCUGCGGUAUUUCGGCCCCGCGGCGGCGCUGCGGAGCCCGCUCAGCAACCACGCUCAGAGACAGAUGCCGGGCUCCAGCCCCGACCUCAUCUCCACAGCCGUGGCGGCUGAUUGCUGGAGAAGCUCGGAGCCUGACAAGGGCCGGGCUGGGCCUUGGGGCUGCUGCCAGGCCGACCCUUACGACCCCUGUCUCCAGUGCAGGCCGGAACAGGGCGGGGUCUUAGAUGACCCCCCUGCCGACCUUUCCAAGUCACCAGCACACAGUCCACUCUCAGAGGACGCCAGCGGCUCUGAGAAAAUGCAAGAAGAUGGAUUCAGCGGCUGCGGGUCCGCGUCGUCCCUCGGCCUCCCUUGUCACGCCACGCCCCCCACGCUACCUCGGAAACCAAGGCCCCUUCAGAAGAGCGGAGAUGACUCUUCGGAAGAAGAAGGGGAAGUAGAUAGUGAAGUUGAAUUUCCACGAAGACAGAGGCCGCAUCGCUGCAUCAGCAGCUGCCAGUCGUAUUCCACGUUCAGCUCGGAGAACUUGUCGGCGUCCGAUGGGGAGGAGGGGAACACUAGCGACCACUCCAACAGCCCCGCCGCGUCAGCCGGGAAGCCCGAAGGCCGCCUGGCGGAGCAGCUGGACGAACUGCUGUCGCGGACGCCCGACCUCCCCAUCGACAUCGGCUCCCACUCCGACGGGCUCUCGGACAAGGAGUGCGCCGUGCGCCGCGUGAAGACGCGGAUGUCCCUGGGCAAGCUGUGCACCGAGGAGCGCGGCUACGAGAACCCCAUGCAGUUUGAAGAGUCAGACUGUGACUCUUCCGGGGCGGAAUGCUCCGAUGCCACCGUGAGGACCAAUAAACACUACAGCUCCGCCACCUGGUGAGGAAGGAGAGCCGUCCUGCCCAUCCCACGGCACAGUGGCGUUUCAGAUUCCCCAGCUCUCCCGCUCUCUCCCUUCUCCUUCUGGGAGGAGCACUGCCCCAUCCCCACCCCUAGAAAUGAGCUGCAAUAACAGGCACAGGAGACUUCGCAAAUCUCUGGAAAAAAAAUAUCCAAAUGAAAUUGUUUCAUUGAACAUUUCAAUCAAGAAUGGCAGGGAUCUAUUUUAUUGAAUAUUCUAGCUACUGUAACAUUGAUAUUUAUUUUUCUUGGACAUUUUAACACUUUGUACUGUAAAGAAUGAACUAUAUAUGGCAGAGACACAAUAAUUUCUUGCAAAAAAAAAGGGAAAGGAAAAGAAAGAAGUGGACUUUAGGAGCAACAUCCUUGGGAAUUUGAGGUAUUACUGCUGCUUGAACAGGGGACCAGGUCUUUCGGUCAUAAGUGACUGAAGAAGAACCAGAGCAAGACAUUAUCGAGCAUUUUAGAAAACAAAGAAUACAAAGGAAAAAGCAAUUCCAGGUAACUUGUGAACAGAUACUUAAGUUCAACCAGCUUGUCCAGGUGGGUGAUGGAAAUGACCUAGAAAAGUUUGGUGACCAGACACUCGCACUGGAGUCUUUGAAGGCUGUGCUUCCUCUAAGAGGAAAACCCAACAAAACUGAACAUGGGGGAGCUGCUUCCAUGUUUUAACUUUCGCAGUGAGGCUUACAAGACAGUGUCACGCCUUGCCCCUGGCACAUACUUCCCUUUGUGAUGCUGUCACUCUCGUUACUUUGACAAAUGUGUCACCUUGACCAAUGUGUUGUUGAUCUUUCAGAUUCAAGUGCCAUUUUCCAGUGGUUUUUCCCUCUCCAGCUGUCAGCCACUUCCUUUAGGAAAGGACUGGGGUGGGAGGGGUUGCUGAGGAGGAGAAAAGGGUAAGAAAAAAAAAAAAAACAUCUGCAAUGAUAAUAGGAAAACAAGUGUGGAAUCUGCAAAAGUAUGUACUCAGGAUGCUCAGGUCAGCUGUGUGGAGAAAAUGGAACCCCCCCUCUCUAGAAACAUGUUCCUUGUCUACUAGAAUCAUAUUGAUUCAAACAGAACAGAACUUGAAGGCAGCAAGGAUACGUGUAUGUAUGUGUGUGUCCCUUGUCCGAUCCCAGACCAUCCCCUUGUUUUUAUUCCUUAACUCAUUCUGUCCUUGGAGCUUUAGUGAUAGGCUAUCACCAUUGGAAUAAAGGCAAAGCGAGCCACGUGCAAAAGGCUCACCCCAUAAUAGCAUUUUUGUUCAGUGCUACUUGUAAAAUAUAUUUUACUUCACUCCGAAUCAGUGCAGCUUUUAUUAAUUGGACUUAGAAAUAGGUGAAGAGAACAACUGAUUCCAAGCAAGGAAUUGGAAAAAUUUUCCAUCAUCAAAGGCAUGAGCCGUUCCUGUCUCAAAGGUCACGGGCUCUGAAGAGCACCCCAAGGGAAUCCCUGGUGCCUUGGCUUUAAGGAACAUUUGAUCUAGAAUUUUACAGGCAAGCUUUGCGCAGUGGCAGUAUCGUAGCCAAUGAGGUUUAUCCGAGGUACGAUUAUUGCUAAUAGAAUUUUAAAGACAAACAGAGGUUGACCUACUUCCUGUCUCUGUCUCCAAGAUCAGUUACUGUCAAACAGCCUCUCCAUCCUUGCUGGAAUUUCUGACCUUGCAUCAGGUGGGAUGUUAGGAAAGUCUUGCACAUACAGGUACUAAACCAUUUCCAGGGAGGAUGAAAUCAGGGCUCCCUCCCCUGGGUGUCACUGACUUCAUCAGCCAAAAAGGAAAGACAGGAGGGAAUUUAGAGCAGUUCCUUUUGUUUGUUUGAGCCCUCCAUUUGUUUACACUUUAUGUUGAGACAUUGAUUUAGAAUGUAGUGUCUAUACUUUAUAGCUUAUAGGAUGAAGGAAAAUGUUUAACUUAUACAGAGAACAGUAUUGUUUGCAUUAAAUUAUUCCCAUUUUGUAUCACUUCUGUAGCUGGACUACAUGAAAGAUCUUAAGUUAUGGCAUUAUUAUCAUUGUUAUUUUAUAUUAUCAUUCUUAUUUUCUGUAGAUCAGAAGGUGUGGUUUACAAUGUAGCACAAUAAUUGUGUUUAUUGCUGACCAUGGAUUAUUAUGAAUUUUAUGAUUUGAAUGAAGGCAUGAAAAUGGAACUGCCAUAUGUAGCUCUCUGGUCUCCAUCUUAGCUGUGUUCCCCGACUUUCUGUGUACAAUAACAAUCAUCUGAGGGUGCGUGCUCUGCCCUGAAGCCCCACGGUUACAUUGGGAUUUGGGCUUGACUGUGAAAGUGCCUGGGUGGGUAGAUGAUGGAGUGGGUGGACAAAUAAUUUAAAAGCUGUAAACGUUCCCAAAUUUCAUGAGAAAUAAAGUCAUGGGACUACAUUAGAAUCAAAAAGAGAAUUAUUUAAUACCCUGAGAAGAACAGAUCUAGACUUUCUACAGGGGGCUCGUUGAUUUGUUUCAAAACUUAGAGUAGUAAUUUCCUUCCUGCCAGAUUCCACAAAACCAACAUUUUCCCCCUAAGUAGGAGGAGCAGGAAGACUUUAAAAAGAGAGAAAGAAAAACAUAUAUAUGGCAUGACAUACAAUGUCUAGCUGUGAUGCCAUCCCAUAACCAGACUAAAGAAAUUCAAGAAGGUACGACACUCAAAACACUUGAGUCACGUAGAGGAUCACAGGGCCGGGCAAGAGCCUCGAAAAGCUGGUUUCAGGUCUUGCUUACACCAUGACCCUCUCGGCGUCACCACUGCUCAGAAUGGAGGUGCGAGAACUCCAAAUCCUUUUUCUGGUCAGCACAAAACAUCGGCACAUUGGCACAUCAGUUCGUUCAUUUUUGCCCACAUUUAGUGGCAUCAGAGAAACAUGCAAGUCGCUUUCUGUCUCACACAUUUCAGUGAGGGUCUUCCUAGAAAACCUGUCCCAUACCUCAUCAUUCUCAUUGACUUCUGAAUUCCCCCCGGGGGGGUCCGUCAUGCUAAUGCCACUCUCUCCAGAUUGACUCUCAUGAGUUUGUCAGGGAAGUAGAUAGUGUCAAAUCCUCGGUCACUCACUGUAUUGUCAAGAUGUGAAUAAAGUCCACAUUGAACACUUUUUUUUUGGUAGAACUGACUAGGGGUUUCCGAGAAUGGUGUCCUUCAUCCAGGUUUAAAAAACAACUUCUGCACCCCAGUCUUGUCCUUCAUUGCUUGCCUCCUGAGAACCAGGGAAAUGUUGAAUUGGUGUGUUGCUUUGAGAACAGCUCCACAGCCACCAGAAGAAUAUUGAAUCAAGAACUCCAGGAAGCUAAUUCUUCAGGUCUUGUCAGCUGCAACAGGGCUUCAAGGAACCUCACAGGACUGUGAUUUCCAGCAACAUCACUGACUGAAAGCCGAGCUGCCCUUGGAAUGAAUGUGCACGUUACGGAACAUCUGUUUUUGACUGACAUCAAGAUAUGUUUCCGUUUCUAUUGCUGACCAGCGCUUAGUUUAAGUUUUUUUUUUUUUUUCUAGAUCAUGUCCCCAAUAACAAUGGACCUUACACCUCCAAAGAAAGCUUAGACCUGUUUGCAAGGUUGUGAGGUGCUCUAUCCAGAAAGAUGACGGUGUUGUCUGGUGUAAGGUAAUUUGGGAUAGCCUACUUGAAGUUAACUAUUUUCAAACUUUAGUAUCAACAAAUGUGUCUUUCCGGGAGUAGGGUCAUUUUUAGCAGAAUUUAAUAAGUACUGGCCAUUUAUUUUGGGGCCUUGCUGUGCUAAAUUAUUCCCUUAUCUCACCCAAAAAAUCACAGAUGUGCUGGUUUGGAUUUUUCUGGUAUAACCAAGACUAAUUAAAAUGCCUUCCCCACUGUGGGAUACUCACUAACACCCUCUCAGUAUGAAUGCAUUCCUCUUCUUUUUGGUACUGGGGAUCGAACUCAGGACCUUGUGCUUGGGAGGCAGGUGGCAGCACCACACAAAUGCACUCUUCUUGAUCAGAUGGCUCACUUUUUUUUUUUUUCCCCCAUACCUUUAGGUCUUUUUUUUUUUCUCCUUUUCUUGAAACAUUCCUAUUUAAACUUCCUAAAACUGAACUUUUCCAAGCAGAAAAUAUUUGAAAUCCAAGAAAUUCCUUCCUUGCUCCACAGUACAGUGUGGUAUACUUUGUGUAUCUACUGGGCUAGAAACAAAAAUACCAUCUGCCACCUUCAUCCUAAACACCUAAGACCAUAUCUAUAAGCACCAUAUUCUUUCCAUGUUCAGCUGCAGAACCACUCACAACUCUGCGCUUGAAGCAGCAUUAUCAUUUGACUGGAACUGAUGUGCAAAGGGAAAUCCCACCAUCCCACUUUGAAUUUCAUAAUCAAUUUCCAAAAGGUGGCCUUAGAUCUUGAGUUUGUCCUGGCGGGAGAAUGAUAGGAUCCUACCAGUGUUCUCCUAGCAGAAGCCACAAAGGCUGGUAGGGGUGGCACUAUGGCAGGGAAAGGUCACUUGCCUCUCCUCACUGCCCUUUUGGACUGCAUUUCCAACUGAAUAAUCACCUACCACUGAUGGAUCAAAUUCCAAAACGUCUCUUCAUUUAUAUCCUCUAUGUCAAAUGAGCAUGUCCCUUGAGAUUUGUGUGACAUUCUUUUUGAGACUUUGACUAAUCCUGUCAGUAUGAAAUUAGUGCCUUUCUAGGCAGCAAGGUUUUCUUUGCUGAUUUCAUAGAACAACUGUCCCAGUGUACUCACAGACCGGCCUUAGAAUCCUGUUGGCCUGCUGCUUUGCUUGUUAUAGCCAGUAUUGCAAAGGCUUAUUCACCUUGGAACACACUGGGCCACUAAGUAGAGGACCCUGUGGAACCUGGAGCAUUUCUCAGGGACAGGUGGCAGAAGUGGGGAGCUCUGAAAUCACUGCUCUGAGAAACAGGAAGAAAACUAGGUUCAGGUUUUGGUUAACUGCCAUGCGGCCAUGAGUGAUGGCAGGAUUUCCCAGAGCCAGGCCCCGAGCAGAUGGCAAGGCCACUAUGAGGAAGUGGGAUCCAGCAGGAUCCCAGCAGUACUGCUUCCCGGAGCCACUUCUCAGCACUCAGGGGAUCCCUGACUCUGGCCCCAGGCUGCUGUCCAGUGACACGGUCCUCCCGUGGUUGCAAGCCAGCGGCAACCCCAGCCAGAAUGUUAGCUCUUAGUGAGA